AUGGAUUCCUCCACCAACGGGCCCAUGAAUGGUUCUCAACCUGCAAACAACCCAUCCUACACCUUUCUCGAGAGUGUACACAAUUUUGCGGCGUCUGACGCACUCCAAGAUGGCGGUGAAGACUACAGUCAGUACUUCGACCCUGCCCUUUUCGACAACACCACCAUCGGACCCGGCUUCUCUCAGCAACAACAGACUAUGUCGCAGAAUUUCAACCCCAAUGUGGCCAGGCAGUCAAACAGUCCUGCAUUACCUCAGUACAAUCCAUCGCAACAGAACUACUCGAUGGGCCAAUACCAGCAAGGUCUCUAUGAUUCUCGACAAAUGCCCCAGCACAACUACGAUCCUGGGUUCUAUGCACGGCCUUCAGCAUCGCCUGUGGGAUUUGAUAGCAGCUACGGCUAUCACGCACAGAUGCCGUUCAACGGUCAGAACUAUGAUACCCAGCAAGCACACAUGCCAGCGCGCCAGACACCAACUCCUACCGCAAACUAUCAACCAAGACAGCAACAGCCAUCGCCGUACGUUAACAUCGGACCGCGUCCAUCACAGCUGUCGCAGAGCCCUGGAAUGAUGCAGUAUCCAAGUUACCAGGAGCAGCAAAGUCAGCAUACAUCAAAUCCGUUCGUGGACCCUUCGCUGUUGACAGCCAGCCAACUAAACAAUCCUAACCAACCCGGCUCGAGUUUCCAACCCCACCAGCAGUUUAUUGCUCCCUCGUACUUCAAGCCUGGCUCCACCAUUGAUCCACAGUCACUUCAGGGCCAGCAGCCUUUUCAACCUGUUCAACAGCCUCAACAGCAGUCCUUACAAAUACCGCAGUCAGCACCUGUAAUCCAACCAAAGCCGGAGAAGUCCUCAACAUCAAAGCCUGCUGCCGCCAGGAAGGCCAACAGUGCGACCAAGAAGAAUGGUUCCGCUGGUCCUAAGGCUGCAGGUCAGCCGUCCGGAGUGGACUCGGACCCGGAUUCGGAUGACGAUUUGGUCAUCGAAGACCAGGAGCCUCCCGAGACAACCCCGGCACUGCUCUGCGUCUCCAAACCAACUGAUGAACGUGGCAGAGCUUUGUAUGAUGCGGUCCAAGCAGUCUGGUACCCUCGUAACAAACCAGUUCCGGCCGAGAAAAUCCGAAGUGCGAUCGCCGCUUUUGGCGAAACUGUGAGAGGUCUCAGAGACGCCUGGAAGGCCAAGAAUGAUAGUUUGAGAAAGGCUGAAAUCCCCAACUCACCGACAGCUUCACAGGCAGGGCAGUUGAAGGAAGAUGUAGCCCGUUAUCGACAGGUUAUGGAGAGCGUUAUGGCUCGAUCGUUACUCUAUGGACACCCGGCAAUUGUCAAAAGACUAGGUGACAAUCCCAUCACGAUGGCCGCCCUAUAUUCUUUCAUGCUCGACAGAUUCAAUGCGGGUGACUAUGACAGUACUGUUGUCGCCGCGAUACUCAAGUUUGUGGUUGAGUUCAAAAGCCUGGAUACCGAGAUGCUGGAGAUGACAAAACUUUCCAAAAUCCUGCAGCGUUUGACCAAGAAGGCCACUAGCGACAUCAAGACCAUGUCGCAAAGCAUCCUGGACAAUGCUGUUACUGCUUCUGCCGAAAAGGCUGCAAAGGGCGCGGAUGGAAAAUCUGAAAAGCCUGCAUCUCCCGCGGCAACAGGCAACGCCACUGAUGCAGCGCGUAAAGAAGCUGUGGCAGGGGUGAAGCGAGCCAGAGAAGCAGAUUCGGCGUCCUCCGCGGUGCCGAAGAAAGUGGUCAAAGUAAUUCCCCAAUCUUCAAAGCCUUUAGCUCUGCAAAAUGCCGAGCGAAGGAAAGCCUUGGACGCUGCGCAGGCCUCUAAAGGCAGCGACAAGUCUGCUACUGGCACGACCGCUACAGCGGCAGCAAAAGCCAAAAUUGCUGUGACGGCACCUCCCAAAUCGGCCGUCUUCUCAUCGCUCAUGUCGGCCUCCAAGAAGCCAGGGACCUCGAUCGCCGCCCGAGCAGCAGCCGCGGCCGCCGCAAAAGACAAACCUUCAGCAGACGGGAGCCCUGCCGCUAAUAGUGCUGCUUCAGCAAAAAAGGAACAGCCAAGGAAAGAGUCUCCACCACGGAAUGGCGGGCCCAUAGCGGCUGCCAAGACAACUUCUUCGUUUCUGGGCUUGUUGGCUGAUAUGGAAAAGAAGCCUGACAAGGAGGUCAAGAAGGAAGCGGAGAGGCCGAAUGAAACCGAGGAAGAAAGGGCCCAGCGCCUACGCAAGGAAGCCCGCCGAAAGCUCCGUGUCUCGUGGAAAGCGGAUGCAGAGCUAGUAGACAUUCGGCUCUUUACCCACGAUCCGGAGGAAGAGAUUGGACAAGCUGACAGCCUGAAACGUGAUGCUGGUGACACCGGAAAAGAAGGAGAGGCACUCAAAAUGCAUAAAGAUAUGGAAGACUUGGGAGAGGACGAGGACGAGGAUGCGUUCGAAGAGUUUGAACCGUACACCACGCCUUCCGAGGUUGACUUCAGUGUCCUUAAGGACGAAGCCGAUCUGCUUACCAUGAAUGGCAUUAAACAUGGCGGGGCCAUGAAAGCGGAGAGUCCCAGCAGUGAAGCACAGGAUAAACAUGAACAGGACACAGUCAUGACCAUCUAUGCGUCUAAAGCCGACCGACCGCCUACACCAAAAGAACCGGAUGACACGGCGGAGGAUUUCGAACCAGCCGAGCCCGAGACUCCCUUUGGAGAGCCUUCGGAGAAAACGCGCCAACGGGAGACCGAGUAUCGUGCCCGACUAGCUCGGAAUCAGCCCAAUACGAAUCCCAUGCCUUCCACAAGACUUGAUCUAGCAGCGCAGAUUCAAGCCAUGACGAUGGCGCAGACCUCCCAACCACAGUCUACACUGAUCCCAGCCGAGCUGCAGCGCACGCUCAGUAUGCUUGGCCGGUCCAGUCAAGCGACACCACCUCCUCAGCCCACCACCACCCCAGCUUUGGACAUCCAAGCCCUUCUUCAGACUGUGCAGCAGGUCAGCCAAAACCUGCAAGGUCCAAUGCAACAACCUACUUACCAGAAUCCUGUCCAACCUCCUAUUCAGACCACCAACUUGAGUGAUCUCUUGGCUUCAUUGCAGCAGAGCGCGGCGCCUCAGCCUACUACUGCUGCUCUGGGCUUGGCAGGCAGCACUUAUUCAGGCUCUGCGGACGAUGCUUCGCGCAAACAUGGACGCACAGACUCGAAUGACUACGACAAUGACGAUGGUAGGAAGGGAGGCAACAAAAAGAAGAAGGGUGCCUUCACUGGUGGUGACCAGUCCCGGCCUUACAAUUACAAGACUCAACCAUGCGCAUUCUGGGAGCAGGGCAAAUGUAUCAAAGGGGACAUGUGCACCUACCGGCAUGGCGACGAGGACGCUUGAACUGCCACACCUCAUCUUCUCAAUUGCGGAGCUUUUCACCACUCUGUAUUGUAUGUACAUUACAUGAUACCCUGGCGAAUGGGUCUUGAAUGGUGGGGAAUGGGAAGGAUUCACGCUGAUAUCCAAUGUGUUCUUCUUGCCUGGUGGCUUUCAUCGCAUUGCAUUGCUUGGCAGUUUGGGCUGGAAAGAAAAAGCUAGCAGGCGAUCAUUAGGUGGCGUUGUUUGCAUCGUUGCUUGCAGACGUUGGGGAGCCGGAUCUGUUCCAUUUGACAUGGUCUGGCAUCAAAAGGAAGCUGGCCGAAUGCCUCUUUUCACACUCCUAAAUAAAAAUUGCUCGGCCUGCAAUGGAGGCUGGGGUUUCCUGAUAAGGGCUCCCAAUAACGUCGAAUGAUUUUAUUUUGCACUGAACCGUUCAACGCUCUCAAGAAUUACGGGCUCCUAACAAUUAGGUGCUGCCUACUUCAGAACACCCGUGUUUUUGAUAGUAAUACUGAUGAAUUAACACAUAACGUCCUAGCCCCGGUGGCACUACUAGUGAACCGCCCAGCUAUUAUA